AUGACCAACCAGGGCAGCUACAAGCGCCCAAAUAACGACAAGAUCAACUACCAUCCCACCCCCGGGGAGGUCGUCACCAAGUUCACGGCGUACGCCGGCUACGUCAACCUACCAGUUGGCGACUACAAGACCUUCGAGAUCUGUCCUUCGGCCCAGGACGACACCCCCCUGGAGCCUACGGAGGACGAUCCCUACCACGUUCCCGCCUACUUUGACCUGAGCGAGGCGCCUACAUCCACACCUGAAGAGGUCAAACUCGAGUUCAACCCUCCGCUUGUGCACUACGCGGAGCUCAGGGGUGGCCUCCCAAUCGGCUAUGUCUGGAUCCCACCGAGUUCGCCCGAGCCGAUGCUGCGCGAAGUCACUCCUGAGCAGGAUAUCGCUUUCACCACUCCGUUGCGGCCGGCGAGGAGCAUGGGUACCAGCCAAAAGCGCAAGAAGACUGUCACUUUUGACCUCAGUCCCCAGAAGAAGCGCAAGCGAGAUACUACCGCUGAGUACCAAGCUCGCUUCACCAGUCCGCUGUCGGAGGAUCUGUCAGAUGCGCCUGAUGGUUUGCUGACGCCUGAGCCGAGGAAGCUUGUGCUACGCCGUCGCUAG